GUCUACGUAAGCGCUUAGAUUUCGAGUACGAACGAUAACAUCUACAUAGCACCAGUAUAUGCUUUUUGCAUUGUUAUCGAUUAAUGUUGGUAAAAUGAGCUUACGCGUUGUAGUAAUCGCGGUGCUCUCCAUCUCCGCUCUAAGUGUUGGUAAAGAUGUAAGCAUGCGAGUCAUAGGCGGUCAAAACGCAACUGGACCCAUACCGUACCAAGCCUUUGUAGAAUUUACUGCGGAAAAUGGAACUUCUUGGCCAUGCGGAGGAUCGCUGAUUGCUGCGAGAUACGUUCUGACAUCUGCAACCUGUACCUACGCUGCGACCAAAGCCUCAGUCAUACUGGGUGCGUUUGACUUGAAUGAUCAAUCCGAGAACACUAGGCAAACGUUCAACGUGAGCAGCAUCAUACCGCACCAGGAGUACAACGAAGACGUUCUUCUCAACGACGUAGCGUUACUGCAAUUGGACUCUUCAGCUGUAAUUAACGACGCCGUUCAGGUGAUUCCUCUGGCAGAUGCAUCGCAAGCCGACGACACGCUACAAGACCAGAUUGCAGCAGUGAGCGGAUGGGGCAAGACGAGCCCUUUCCAGGAAGGGUAUUCGACCUAUUUACUUAACGGAUCGGUGCCCAUAAUUGACGUCAGAAUAUGCGAAACAGCUUACUACGAUCUGGUAAGAAGAGACAGACACCUAUGUUCCCGCAAUGUGGAUGAAAGCGUGUCUAUGUGCGACGGAGACUUUGGUGGGCCGCUGGUCAUCAAUGGGACUUUAUACGGGGUGCAAUCCUUUAACAUUGCCGGUUGUUACGUGGGAUUCCCAUCGGUUUAUUCGAAAAUUACGUUCUAUCUCGACUGGAUAGAAGAGAACAUUUUGGUUAAUUUGUAAUAACAAAAAAUAAAUUAUUGUU